GGGGAAGCACAUUUUAUAUGAGAAUCGAAUCGAAUCGAGUCGAAGGAAAAGGAAGCCCUCUCUUUAGAAAUCAGAAAUUGAUUAUGGCUUUGGCUACUGCUACUGCUUCUACUUGUAGUUGUUCUUCUCAAUUGCUUCCCCGCCCUAAGUUUUCAACACUGCCUUUUCCAAUUCCAUUUGCUAAUCCAAGUCGUUAUCGUCGUUUGUCAAUUUCCUUUGCUGCGGCGAAGAAAGAUUCCAAUGCUAUCCAGUCCCAAGACAGCGACAAGAAGAAGAAGAAACAAGUAGAAGUGGAAGAGGAAGAGGAAGUGGAAGAGGAGUUGCCUUGGCUUCAAGAGAAGGCCUUGGAUGUGGUUGAGUUCACUGGGUCCGUGACUCAGGCCAUUCCCGGUCCCCGAGUUGGCACCAGCUCUUUGCCUUGGAUUCUCGCUCUCCCUUUAGCCUAUGCGGGUCUCACCUUCGUCAUCGCCUUCGUUAAGACUGUCAAAAAGUUGUCUUCUCCCAGAGAAAAGCGCAGGAAAUUGGUCAAUAAAAACGCUUUCCUCUGCAAAUCCAUAGAUCAACAACUGCACUCUUUAACGCCUGAUGCCCUCAAGGCACUCGAGAAAAAGACAGGUUUUGGGAUGCAGGAAAUAUUGCGAAAGUACAUUCGCUAUGCUUUGAAUGAGAAACCCUUCAACCCUGACUUGGUUGCUCAUUUGAUUCACCUCCGCAAAGCUUCUAUGUUGGAUGAUUCCCAGGUUGCUUCCAUUUUAAAUGACAUUUCUGCUCGGAUUGUGCGCGAUAAGGGCCCAGUUGUCAUGGAAAUGUCAGGUUAUUCUGAAAAGGGUUUCAAAAGAAAACUAGCUGUUCAGGCCCUUUUUGGAAAGGUUUUCUAUCUGUCUGAGCUGCCGGAGUUCUGUUCAAGAGAUAGCUCCUUGGUUGUCAAAGAAAUUUUUGGAGUUACAGAUGAUGAUGCAGACAAACUUAGGAUACACACUCUCUCUGAAGCUGGGGAUAUGGAUUCGCUUGAGAAGAUGGUUGAUGGUUCAGAUUCAGAAGAUUCUAGUGAGGAAUCACCUUCUGCUCCUUGAUUCACAUGUGCAAAUUCAAAGAUUCUAGUGAGGAAUCACCUUCUGCUCCUUGAUCCACAUGUGCAAAUUCACUUACUAUUUAGCGCAGAAUGCUUUUAAGAAAGGUUGUGGGGGCUUUUUCACUUACUGGGAUGGCGUUAUUGAAACUUGGUUAUGGGUUUGAGCUAUGUUUUUAACAAGUCCUGUAAACUUGAAAAUUUUGAUGAGUGCAUCAGUUCAGAUUCUAUCAUAGGUCACUUUUAAGGAGUGUGUAUGAUUUCAAUUUUGGUUGGGAAUUUUCAGUACCUGAAAUUCAGUGAGGUUCCAUUGACAUGCCGAAUAUUUUGGCUUCAAAAGAUAAAGGUGAAAUUCAGUGAGGUUCCAUUGACAUGCCGAAUAUUUUGGCUUCAAAAGAUAAAGGUGAAUUGCAAUUUAUUAUUUUUAUUCA